CUUUCGACAGACAACACAUAACAGUUAGUAUCUUAGCUUCGGUUAUUGGAAGUAGACCGUACAAUAGUAUAUAGUAGUGUGUUUAGUUUAGAGUUUACCUAUUUUUUGCAAUGGUGUCUAGUUCAAUGGCUUUCUUUGGAAAUUCCUUAUUAUUCAUGUGUUUUAUGGUGGCUGUUAAAUCUCAAGGAUUUUGGGGUAAUGCUAAUCAAGGUUGUCGGACUCCAACUGGUGAAACUGGUGACUGUAUACCCGCUAGGCAAUGUAGAGCGUUGAUAACUGUCCUACAAACUGUAAAAAGACCAUUGACUCCAAGCGUUACUAAACAAUUAAACGCAUAUUACUGCAGCUUUGCGUAUAACAUGGCCAAUGUUUGCUGUCCACAAGGGCCUAUAAUACUCCAAGAUGAUUCGAGUCAAGAAGUGCAACAAGACCCGCCAGAUGUAUCGAAUCAUAGAAACUUACGUUUGCUACCGCCUGACUGUGGCUACCUAGACAUACCUAAUAAGAUUAGAAAUGGAAAAAAUGCUGAAAUAAACGAAUUCCCUUGGAUGACUUUACUAAGAUAUAGAACAAGUACAGGCGCAGAGUUUAGAUGUGGUGGAACUAUUAUCAAUAAUAAAUAUAUACUUACAGCCGCUCAUUGCAUAACACGUUUAAAAGAUCCAUUGUUGGAUGUAAGAGUGGGAGAAUAUAAUACCAGUAGUGUAAUAGAUUGUGUUAUGGAUCAAAAUGGAAUAACAAAAUGUAUUAAUGAUCCUAUUCAAAAUUUGGCGAUAGAAGAAAUUAUUCCCCAUCCUGAGUUUAAUCCUAACGUAAUUGCAAACGAUAUUGGACUUUUGAGGGUGUCGAGGAUGAAUAUAAAUGCAGAAAACGCUAGACCAGUUUGUUUGCCUCUUGGUGAGCAUCGAUUGGAUGAAUUUCGCAGAGUAACAGUUACUGGAUGGGGAUAUACAGACUCUUAUGCAGAAGUAAAAACUGAUGUCCUUCAAAAAGUUGAUUUACCAAUAGUGCCCAUAAAUCGUUGCAGAGAAGCAUAUAAAGGUCAAAGUAGUAAAGCCCGCUUAACCUACAAGCAACUUUGUGCUGGAGGUCAAAAUAACCAGGAUGCUUGUCCCGGGGACAGUGGAGGACCUCUUCAGGUUGCCAGAUUGGUUGAUGGUUCCGCUCGUUACAUCCAGCAUGGGGUUGUAUCUUUUGGACCCCGUGAGUGUGGCUUCGAAGGAUUUCCAGGAAUUUAUACCAGGGUGGCUUACUAUAUGGAUUGGAUAUUAGAUAAUAUGAGACGUUAAUUUUAUAUAGGUUUAUUUAAUUUUUGUGAUAAGUUUGAAUCCAUUGUUAUAAAUAACAUGCUAAAUAUAGUACCCGUUUACUGUAAGAAUAAAAAAAUUGACAAAAACCUGAAACAAAAUAAAUGUGAUAUAUUUUAUUAGAGUUACUUAAAAUAAUAUUGUAGUAGACCUAA